GUGGCAAAUCCCGUAAGGCAAAAAUUGGCAGUGCCAUUCUUAGGUGCAUGGUUUUGCAUGGAAAAUUAACUCAAAGUUAAAUCUUCAUGAUAUACAAGAUCAAACACUCUUUACCAAUGUCAUGGACAGAAUCCAAUGCCUGUCUUUGAUCCAAUCCUGCAAAACGCUGCCUGCAGCCAGAGAAACUCACGCUCAAGUAAAGAACACUCGUUCCAUCCAAGAGAACGAUGACUUUGUGUGGAACAAAGUGAUAGACAUGUAUGCAAGGUGUGGAAAUGCCAAGCUCGCGAGGGAAGUUUUCGAUUCGCUGCCACAAGACAAAACCAUGUUUUCGUGGGAAGCGAUGCUCUCCGCCUACACCAAGAACGGGCAUCUAGACGAUGCCAGGCGCAUAUUCGAUGCAAUGCCACGGCACACUGUUCUGUCGUGGACUGUCAUGCUAGCUGCUUAUGCCCGUGAAGGGGAUCUGGUGGAAUCAAAAAGAAUAUUUGAGAGAAUGGAAGAGCGGGACCUCGUUUGCUGGAACGCCAUGCUUGAUGCUUAUGCCCAGAGGGGGUAUCUUAAUGAAGCUAAAAGUAUCUUGGAGAGAAUGGCUUACUGUGACGUGAUUUCGUGGACAAUUAUGCUAAACGCAUAUUCCGAAUCUGGGGACUUGACAGAGGUAAAAGAUGUUUUCAAGAAAAUGCCGCAAAAGAACUUGGUUUCGUGGAACUCUAUGCUCACGGCAUAUGCCCAAAGUGGGUAUGUGUUUGAGAUUGAGCAAGCUUUUGAGAACAUUCCUAUGAGGGACGUUGUCUCGUGGAACAUUGUUCUUGGUUGCUAUGUCAACAUUGGAGAUUUUCAAGCAGCCAAGGCUGUGUUUGAUGACAUGCCUGCUUGGAGUCUGGUGUCGCUCAAUGCAGUGCUGUGUGUAAAUUUUCAGCAGGGAAACUGCGAGCAAGCGCUAAAUACCUUCAGCGAAAUGCCGGAAAGAGACUUGAUUUCUUGGAACGCAAUGCUCUCCGGAUGUGCCUUGAACGGGCAUAUUGCAGACGCUUACAAGAUAUUCCAGAAGAUGCCUCAGCGGGAUAUGGUGUCUUGGAACACAAUACUGGGUGCCUAUGCCCAGAAGGGGUAUGUCGUAGACGCAGAGAAAACCUUUGCUGCAAUGCCUCAGACGGAUCCAAUUUCCUGGAAUCUUUUGCUGGGUGGAUAUACUCAAUCUGGAAAUUUGGAGAGAGCAAAGUGUUUCUUUGAAUCCAGUUCCCAUAAAAGUGUUCUUUCCUGUAACACCAUGUUGGCUGCAUACACCGAAAAUGGCCUUCUGGAGGAGGCCAAGCAGAUCUUUGAAGCCAUGCCUGUGGGAGAUUCCGUCACCUGGAACACAAUGUUGUGUGGAUAUGCUUCACAGGCUGGGAAUCACGACGCAACAAGAGAUUUCCUUGAGGGAAUGCCUGAAAAGGACUUGGUAUCUUUCACAACGCUUUUGGGGUCCUUGAAUCGAAGCCGGGAGUUUGAUCAGGCGAAGGAAUUGUUUGAUAAAAUGCCCGAGCAUGACAUUGCUUGUUGGAAUUGUUUGCUGGUUUCUUAUGCCCAGCAAGGGCAUAUGAAAGAAACGGCUCGAUUCUUCAGCACAAUGCCAUUUAUUGACGACAUUUCCUGGAAUACUCUUCUCUCCGCUUAUGCCCAAAACGGGGAUCUUCAGGGAUCUAAGGCUGUGUUUAAGAAUCUCUCGUCACCUUCUCUUGCAUCAUGGAAUGCAAUGCUCUCGGCCUAUGCCCAAAACGGGCAUCUCUUCUCAGCUGUAGAGAUCUUUGAAAAGGUUCCUCACAGGGAUCUUGUAACUUGGAACGCACUCUUGGGUGCCUAUUCCAGAAUGGGAUCCAUAGAUUCUGUCAAAGUCCUCUUUGACGAGAUGCCAGAAAGAGAUCUCAGGUCAUGGAAUGCACUCUUAGGAGCUUAUGCUCAUUUCAACUUUCUCAAUCUUGCAAAGGGUGUGUUUGAUCAAAUGCCCUCUCAUGAUAUAGUUUCAUGGAACUCAUUAAUUUCUGGGUAUGUCCAGACUGACAAGUUGGCAGAGGCAAGGAAUUUGAUUGAUGCCAUGCCUCAGUGGAAUCUCGUGACGUGGAAUGCCAUGCUGACUGGAUAUGCACAGUCAGGGCAAGUAAAGGAGGCCAUGCGUUUGUUCGAGGGAAUGCCAGAAGGGGACCUGGUGACGUGGAAGGCAAUGCUGGUAGCAUAUAUCCAAACGGGUGAUAUAAAGAGAGCACAUUCCCUGAUGGAGAAUAUGCCACAGCACAGUCUACUCUCCUGGACUGCCCUCGUUGCGGGAUAUGCCCGAGAAGGGCAUAUUCACAAAGCCCAUGGCAUCUUCCAGGGAAUCCCACGGCUGGACGUGGUGUGCUGCAAUGUCAUGCUGGUGGCAUAUUCCCAGAGCGGGGAUCUGGAGAACACCAAAUGCCUGUUCGAUGGCAUGGAGCAACGAGAUUCCGUGUCGUGGACCUCGAUGCUGAUGGGAUAUUCGUCGCUGGGCUAUGUGGAGGAGGCCAAGCGCGUGUUCGAUUCCAUGCCCCAACAUCAGCCAGUGUCGUGGAACGCGAUGCUCGCGGCCUUCUCCCAGAACGGGCAAAUCCGCGACGCGGAGAUUAUCUUCGCGGAGAUGCCGCAGCGCGAUCUCAUCUCCUGGAAUUCGAUGCUGGCGUGCUACACGCAGCACGGACGCCUGGAUCGCGCGAGGAAAACCAUGCAUCGAAUGCCGGAGCGCGACACAAUCUCCUGGACGUCGAUGCUGGCGGCGUUUGCGAUCGCGGGGCAGAGCUCCGCCGCCCUGGACGCGUUCAAGGCGAUGAAGCUCGAGGACUGCAUCGACGAUACCUGCUUCGUGUCGGUGUUCGCGGCGUGCAGCCACAGCGGCGAUCUGGCGGCGGCGCGGAGCUUCUUCGCGUCCAUCGCCAUGGAUUUUGGGAUCCAGCCUUCAAAGCAGCACUACUGCUGCAUCCUAGAUCUCCUGGGCCGCCUAGGGCAUCUGGAUGCCGCGGAGGAUCUCAUCGCAUCCAUGCCCUACGUCCCGGAGCUCCUGGAUUGGACGUGCUUGCUCGGAGCUUGCAAGAACCACUCGGGCGCCAAGAGCGGGAAUAGGGCGGCCACUGGCGCCUUGCGGCUCAACGUACGGCACCCGCCAGUGUACGUCCUCGUUUCAAGUUUGAUUGCCGCGCGGGAAACCAUAUCCACGUCAAUCGAUGUUUGCUGACGUGUUUGCCGGCGGAGAAGCCACGUUGAGCUCGCCAUGUCAGCUGGGCUAAUGACGUGGGUGAUACAACGGCUGGAGAUGGGCCACGUAGAAGAAAAGAAUGACACGUAGAGGUACUUUUUC